UCUGCUGUUAAGCCUCUGUUCUGCAGUCUGACUUUAGGCAAGGACAAUCGAAGCAGAAACAUAAAAUACUGCCAUCCCAACAUGUGUGAUCAACUGGCAGAGUUCAACGCCAUGAAAGAAAAACUGGCAGCUCUGGAAGCCAGGCUAAAGGGCAAUGAUAAACAGAUUGUGGAGAUGAGGAACCAAGGGGUUGUUCAUCUUCAGACAACAUAAAAGCAGCCAGAGGGAUCACAUCAGUCAGGAUUCUGUUGCAUGAGCAGUCUUGAAUUGACUUGGAGAAUGAAUUUCCCACUUUUAUUGUUUUUGUCGCUGUUCUGCAGCUUGACUUCGACCCAGGAUAAUAGUACUGCUACUGAAAUAGAAGACACUAUAGAAACACAGUCAUGCUUUCCUGACAUGUGCAACCUCCUGAAAGAGUUUGGUGCCAUGAGAGAAAAACUGGGAGCUAUGGAAACCAGGCUGAAGGACAGUGAAACCAGGCUGAAGGACAGUGAAACCAGGCUGACGGACAGCGAAACCAGGCUGAACGACAGUGAAACCAGGUUGACGGACAGCGAAACCAGGCUGAACGACAGUGAAACCAGGCUGAAGGACAGCGAAACCAGGCUGAAGGACAGUGAAACCAGGCUGAAGGACAGUGAAACCAGGCUGAAGGACAGUGAAACCAGGCUGAAAGACAGUGAAACCAGGCUGACGGACAGUGAAAGACAGAUUCUUGAACUGAAGGGGAAAGGUAUCUUCGCAGCACCUACUGCAGGCAUUUACUACUUCACCUUCUAUUAUCAUGCUGGAGGGGAACACCCAGUGAAUCUAUCCCUCUUCAAGAACAACGAGGUCGUUGUGUGGACCUCUGACCACCGCUCAUUGGAAGACACGGCCGACAACGGAGGCAACGCAGUGUUUGUGCAGCUGCAGAAAGGGGACCAGCUGUUUGUGCGCUUACAGGCUGAUACACAUGUUUGGGGAAGCCUCAGCUCCUCUUUCAGUGGUUUCUUGUUCAGCCAGGUUUAAGAAACAGUGAAGAUGAUCCAUUUGUCAUCAUGAUUACGAUUUUAGGUAAAGACUUAAACGUGCAGAGUGUAGGGUUUGUUUGUAUCUAGUGGUGAGGUUGCAGAUUGCGACAAAUUGGAAGAAACGAUGGCCGACACGAAAACGCAAAUGACCCUUUCUAGAGUCAGUGUUUGGUUUAUCCUUUAUGAGCUACUGUAGCACAAUGGUGCCUGUCUACUUCAAGAUGACGAGCUCUGUAUGUAGACAUUGACUGCUCAUUCUAAAGUAAUGAAAACACAAUUCUUCUUUUCAUUAAAGAACAGAUACUUUUUGAUAUCAUAUUACAUUUCUACCAAUAGAUCCCCUUAAAUGCUGCACACUGUACUUUUGACAGGUCUGAAAUAAAUUGAGUAUUUUCAUUUGAAUUCAAUCUAAUAAUCUAAACUAGAUGCUACUGCGGGAUAAAACGUCAAUUUAUAUUCCAAUUGGGCUUUUGAAAACUGGGACUUUUUUAUUUUUUCUGAGUUUAAAUUGCAGAAAGAAUCAGAAAACAGUUGUGUGUCAGUAACGACAUUUCAGAAAUCAAAAUCAAAGCUUUUGGUUAAAGAAUGUAUCUUAUUAACUUUAGUUACACAUCAAAUAACACAGCUUGAUCAGAGGCUCAAACUAUUAUUAAAUAAAUCUGCUUCAAACUAUGCUAAAAUAGAUGAAGUGCUUAAGACUGAUGAUUUGUGAUUUGAAGUUGUCAUUAAAAAAAAAGAAAUGUGACAACCACCCAGUUGUUUCCUCAGGUAUCUUCAAGCACUUGCUGCAGGUUUCUAUUACUUUACUCUCUCUCUUUUUUUUUUUUUUUACUUUACUAGGCUUUCUACCAAAUAAGACUAAUGUCAGAGGAGAGGUAAACAAAUGAACAUAUUACUACUCUUCACCACCAGAGGGACCAUAUCAGUCAAAGCUUAGAGAAUGGAGAUCUUGAAAAAACUUUGAAGAUGCACAUUGCCACUUUACAGUUUGUGUUGCUGUUUUGUGCAGUAAUGCCAACUAAGCAAUGUGUUGCUGGAUUGAUUAACUUUUCAGACUACCCAAGACUGAAAACAGCUAGCCUGGCUCUGCAGAACACUAUCAGCCUCAAUUCAAAACAUUUUUCCCAAAAUAUCAAACAGUUCCUUUACGUAAUUUCAAUAGCUAAUAAAUACACUGAACUAAAGCAGUCAUCUUUCUAAAAUGAAAUGAUUAGACAAACUUCUAACUUUUUUGAUAGAAGUAGAAAAACUUGUCAAUAACAAGCUUUGGUCUGGCAUCUAACAUACUGUAUGUUCUUUGUCUUCUCUUUUUUGCAUUGUUGAACAUUAAAGAACCCAAACUAAG